AUGCGGUCCUUUACGACCCUCCUCGGCCUUGCAGCGGCGGUCUCGGCCAGCUCGGCCGCUCACGAGCUCUACAAAGACGUCGUAAUUGUCGGAGGCGGCGCUUCUGGUGCCUAUGCUGCCGUUCGCAUUCGCGACGACUUUGGUAAGAGCAUCGCUCUGAUCGAGAAACAAGAUAUCCUGGGUGGCAUGGUGGACUCAUACGUCGAUCCCAAGACGGGCAUUCCUUACGACUACGGCGUCAAGACUUUCCUGGACACCGGAAAUGCCACAGGCUUCUUCGAGCGCUUCGGCAUUCCGCUCAAGACCCCAACCAACGUCGCCGUCACGACGGAAUACAUCGACUUCAAGACCGGGGCGCUCGUUGACUUCGAGCUACCCCCGAUGGCCGACCAGAUGGCGGCGAUGGCCAAAUUCCUCGAGAUCGUCGAGCCGUGGGAGCACCUCAUGCAGCCCGGAUACGACAACUUCCCGCACCCGGACGCCAUCCCGGCGGACCUCCUCAUCCCCUUCGGCGACUUCAUCACCAAGCACGGCCUGGAGGCCGCCAUCCCGCUGAUUUGGCAGUCCACCGGCCUGGGCCUGGGAAACAUGACACGCGAGACGACGAUGUUCGUGCUGCAGGGCUUCGGCGCGUCCAUGGCGCGCGCCUUCGUCGGCACGGAGAACCAGGUCAUCCCCGCGUCCGGCCGCAACCAGGACCUCUACGAUGCCAUCGCGAAGCGCCUCGGCGCCGACGUGCUGUACUCCAGCACGGUGGUGCAAAGCCGCCGCAGCACCACCGGUGUGUCCCUCACGGUGAAGAACGCAAAGACGGGCAAGGUCACGCAGAUCCACGCGCGCCGCCUGCUGCUCGCCAUCGAGCCCACCGACGCCAACAUGGCGCCGUUCGACCUCGACCGCAACGAGCACGCCGUGCUGUCUAAGUUCACCUACUCGCACGAGUACACCGGGCUGGUGAACAACGCCGCUUUCGCGACCAACAUGUCGUACUUUAACCUCCCUGCGGCUGCCGCCCCGGACAACUACCUCGUCCUCCCGGAGACGCCGUUCAAUGCCCGCAUCGACUACAUUGGUGGUGACAAUCUGUUCCGCGUGACGAUCGUCGGCGAUGGGACGCUCGAUGCGCGUGGCGCGAAGCAGCUGGUGCAGAAUAACUUCGACACGCUGCUCCGGGCGGGCAGGCUGGAGGGUGCCAGCAACAAGACUGAGCCGGUCAGCUGGGUGGACUUUUCUGUCCACGGGCCGAUGCACGCGCGCGUCUCGGUCGCUGAUGUUAAGAAUGGAUUCUUCCAGAAUCUGACGGCGCUGCAGGGUGGUCGUUCGACGUGGUGGACUGGGGGCGCGUUUUCGGUGAACUUCCAGACGACGCUGUGGGAGUAUGAUGAGCUGCUUAUUCCCAAGAUUCUGAAGGGUUUGAACUAG